GUUGAUAUCAGUAGGAUUGUCUCGACCGUCGUGCUUCUCUGCCUCAUUCAAAAUGUACGCUGCUACCGCCCUCCGCGCCAGAAUGGCCAACUCCUUCGUUGCCCGUCGUGGCUUUUCCACCACCCGCGCUCAGCUCGGUAGCCCUUACCACUACGCCGAGGGCCCUCGCUCCAACAUUCCCUUCAACCCCCUGACCAAGUACUUCUUCUGGAGAUACUGGGCUUUCAUGGUCACCGGUUUCGGUGCCCCCUUCGCCAUUGCUGUCUGGCAGACCUACAAGACCCGCUAAACGCUCUCUCGUGCUGUAUUUCCACAUGCAAUGGCAAUGUUGGGCAUUGGCGGCUGGUCGAAAAUGUAUCCUACGUUGGAAGCGCUCGGAAUUUGUGUAUAAAGCUAGAGAAUUCAUUAUGCUCUGAUUCAGGAAAUUCCCGGGGUGAAAUUCACCCCAAAAACAUUUGUAGUUGGGGGACGAAGCGCGGUGUGGUGGUGGUUGUCUGAUGCCUUAUUAGAAU